ACUGAGUGGCCAAAGCUUUCAUUUCCUUCUGGUUAGCUAGGGAAAGUUGAAGGACACCGCUCUCCUCACAGUGCCCCCCCUGCCCUGCACCAGGCAUUUAAGCAGCUCCUUCAUCUCCAUUUCUGUCCAUUUUGACAUCCAGAAAGCCGGUAGGGUGGAGAGAGCAACCUCAGUGGAAUCUCGAGGGCGCCGCAGACAGGGCUUCCCGAUUCCAUGCAAGCUUCUUCCCCACCCAGCCCUCUGAGCUCCCACACCAGUCUCCCUUAGCCCAGGAGGCAUCCUACUCGGUGGACAGCUCCCUUCUGGAUUCAGAAGGCUCCUGCCAGCUCACUUCGCAUUCCCAGCACACAACACGGCAUGAGUUUGUUGCAAAGGCAGAGACACUGAGCUCUGAUAACCCAGGCCACCUCGGGGCCACCUGGAGUGGCUGGACUAACAGAGCCAUAGAGCCCUUCCUGGUACGGACAGCCGCAGUACCCGGAGCGAAGGCGCUCCCGGGGCGACGUGGGCUCUAUCUAUUUGACGAGAGAAGAAAGUUUGCGCAGCUCAGCCAUGGCCUCGAGCAGCCAUCAAGAAACUGGUACCUUCGGGGUGUGGGACUAUUUGGUUUUCGCGGGGAUGCUGUUCAUCUCCGCAGCCAUAGGCGUGUACUACGCCUUCCACAGAGGCGGCCAGCAGACCCCGAAAGACUUCAUGAUGGGUGGCCGGAAGAUGACAGCGAUGCCAGUGGCUCUGUCCCUCACCGCCAGUUUUAUUUCAGCCAUCACUGUUCUGGGGACUCCCUCUGAGGUCUACCGCUUUGGGGCCAUAUUAAGCAUAUGGGCUUUCAGCUACGUCUUAGUGGUCAUUAUCACUGCCGAGGUUUUCCUCCCAGUCUUUUACAAGUUGGAAAUUACCAGUACCCACGAGUAUUUAGAGCUUCGUUUCAAUAAACAUAUUCGUCUCUGUGGAACAAUCCUCUUCAUCUUUCAAACGAUUCUUUAUACUGGGAUUGUUAUUUAUGCUCCAGCUCUUGCUCUGAAUCAAGUCACAGGAUUCGACCUGUGGGGUGCAAUCAUUGUCACAGGAGUGGUCUGCACUUUCUAUUGCACAAUGGGUGGUUUCAAAGCUGUCAUCUGGACAGAUGUUUUCCAAGUUGGAAUCAUGGUGGCAGGACUUUUGUCCGUAAUCAUACAGGGUGCUGAGAUUCAAGGUGGAAUCAGCAAUAUUCUAAAUGAUUCCUAUCAUGGAGGAAGAUUAAACUUCUGGGACUUCAAUCCAAAUCCGUUGCAAAGGUACAGCUUCUGGACUAUCCUCAUUGGGGGGACCUUCACAUCAGCCAGUAUCUAUGGCAUCAAUCAAUCCCAGGUCCAGAGGUACAUCGCCUGUAAAAGCAGAUUCCAAGCAAAAAUGUCUCUUUAUAUAAAUCUUGUAGGACAAUGGACAAUUCUUGCCUGUACAGUGUUUUGUGGGCUUGCAAUUUAUUCAAGGUACCAUGACUGUGAUCCUUGGACUUCAAAGAAAAUAUCAGCACCAGACCAGCUCAUGCCCUAUUUGGUGUUGGACAUUCUUCGAGAUUAUCCAGGUCUUCCAGGACUCUUUGUGGCAUGUGUAUAUGGUGGAACAUUGAGCACAGUGUCCUCCAGCAUCAAUGCUUUAGCUUUAGUAACCAUUGAAGACCUCAUCAAGCCUCAUUUUCAAUCACUCUCAGAAAAGACUCUAUCUUGGCUUUUGAAAGGAACAAGUGUGUUAUAUGGAGUUCUAUGCAUUGGAAUGGCAGCCUUGGCAUCGCUUGUUGGAUUUUUGUUACAGGCAGCGGUCAGUAUCUUUGGUGUGAUUGGUGGGCCCCUUCUGGGUUUGUUUUCUCUGGGUAUCUUAGCUCCUUUUGUCAACUCAACGGGAGCAUUUGUGGGACUGACGGCUGGAUUUGUCAUUUCCCUUUGGAUUGGAAUUGGAGCUCAGCUCUAUCCCCCACUUCCAGAGAGGACUUUACCACUGAGUCUCAUUACCGAUGGCUGUAACAUAACUGGCUACCAGGGGAACUUCACUCCCACCACUGAAGCAUCAUUUUCUACAAGUAAUUUUCAAGUGCCUAGUGCUGAAAGAACCCACCUAAUGGAUUAUUGGUAUUCCUUGUCAUUUAUGCACUUCAGUACUGUUGGAACCUUAGUCACUGUACUUGUGGGAAUCAUUGUCAGUCUCCUAACAGGAGGAAGAAAACAGAGUUUAGAUGAUAGAUUUCUACUAACCAAAGAUGAUUUUUUAUCCAACUUUGACUUUCUAAAGAGGGGGAAACUAAUUUUAAACCCUCAACCUUAUCCGAUGGAAGAUGGCGGAACUGAUAACCCUACCUUCAGCUACACUGAAAUGUACUCUACAGAUGAGAGUAGAAAAAUCAGCCAGCCAUGUUGAUGCAGAAUGAACUUGAAUGCUGGGAUGUUUUUAAAAAAUAUUUUUCUAAAAUGAUUGAAUUUAGAUUUUGCUUUAAAAUACAUCUGGUAUUUGCAUAUGCUUUUGCUUUGAGUUUGCCUGACUGUUUUUGGACUUUUGUUUGCUCUGACUUCUAGUUUAGCUGUGUUUUUGAGAUUAUGAUCAUGCCUCACCCUAUACCUUCCUCUGUUGUAUUACUGGACCUCCCAGACCAACCUCCCUUGGUCCUGAUGCAGACCAAAGUCCUUCCGCCCCCCUGAUUUCCUCCUUUUCCCCUCCAUUAAUUCUCCUAUAAUAAAAGAAAAAGUCACGUCCUUAAUAGCAUGGCAUUGGAUAAACCAAGAACAUUUCUAUAAUUCAAAGCAGAUCCCCUACCAGAGAUGAGAUCUUUCUACUGAGUCCUAGUUUCUGAAAUUCUAACUUAUAGUUGUUUAAAUUUGGAAAGUUUUCUAUUCCUCUAACCACUGGCCUCGAAUUCAAAGCAGGCUGCAUAUUGACCAAAAAAAUAAUAAAUUUUCUUGUUUCUUGUAAAAUUUCUUGUAAAUUUCUUGUAUUUCUUGUAAAAGUUUUCUUUUUUGUAAAAAAUAUUUCUUGUAAAAUAAAUUAUCUUGUGCCUUAGUAUCCAUUUUAAGAUAGAAGAGUGACAAUCCACUGAGCUACCUCGCUGCCCCCUACUCUGUAAUUCUUAAAAACUAUCACAGUGUGAUGAGAGAAGCACUGAUUUGAGAAUUAGAAAGCCUUAGUCCUAACUAUGAACUUGCUAAUUAAUAUCAGUGUGAUCCUUGGAAAUUCAUUGAACUAUUCUCUCACCUCAAAGUUUUCUCAUCUGUAAAAUGGAGAUAACAGUAAUUGUCUUAAAAGGUUAUUUUGAGGAGUAAACUUUCUCUGAAAUCCACAAUGCACUAUAGAAAUAUAUGAUAUUAUUAUUAUUAGUAAGCAAAAUUCCAAUAUCAGUUUUUUUUAACACUUUUUUAAACCCUUAGCUUCCAUCUUAGAAUCAAUACUGUGUAUGUGUAUUGGUACUAAAGCAGAAGAGUGGUAAGGGCUAGGCAGUGGGGGUCUAGCGAAUGGCCCAGGGUCACACAGCUAGAAAGUGUCUGAGGCCAAAUUUGAACCCAGGACCUUCCAAAUCUGGGCCUGACUCUCAAUCCAUUUAGCAACCCAGCUGUGCCUGCCCCCCCCCCCUUUAUAAAGCAAUUUCUAAAGUAAAUUAGGCGAUGAUGAAAUUUUACAUUUUUUACACAAAUCAUUUUAUUGAAAUCAUUCCAAGCUAUAUAGCUGGCCAACAAAUCUCCACAGUACCAUUUAUUUAAUAAUAUUCCAUGUUCAGAUGCAUACUUGUACCAUAUAGCUAAGUAUGAUCUAAGUUUAACAUAGAAAUUAACUAUAUUUAUCAUCCCUUUUUUAUUUGAACUGGGUCAAAAAUAAUUGUGAAAUAUACACACAGCAUAUGAGUAUUAAGGCUAUAAUUCUUAACCACAUAAUUCUAGUCAAGAAAAAGAAGAUUAUACAUUGAUGAUAAUUAUGAUAAGUAACUAGAUAGCUCUCAAUAGCUUUUAAAGCAUUUUUAUGUUUGUGUAUAUUAUGCUAUUUAGUCUUUACAGAAGUCCUGUGAGGAAGGUAGUCAUACCUUCCUUUUACAGAUAGCGUAGUAGGGGUUGAGAGGUUAAGUGAGUUUCCCAGGGUCACAUCGCUCACCAGCCCAGAGAAUAGUCUAUUUCUGGAAUGGGAAGUGAAUUAAACACAAACCCUAAGAAACAUUGAAAUUGUGAAUUCAACCCCUUUCCUAUUUAAUUUUGGUGUUUUUGUUGGGCAAAACCAAACAGAUAACUGUUUCCAUACUAGACAUGUCAUCCCUAGGUUUUUUUGUUCUGUCAUUUCAGUCAGGUCUUAACUUUCAUGACCCAAUUUGUGUUUCUUGGCCAAGACACUGGUGUGGUUUGCCAAUUCCAUCUCUAGCUUGUUUUACAGAUGAGGAAACUAAUAUGAGAAAUGGGAAGAAUACUGGUAGCAUCUCUCUAGCAUUCAUGUAUAAUAAGUAAAGGGCUGUAUAGCUACAUUUGCUAUUACUAUAACAUCUGACUUUGGUGUAGUUAUCUAACUGCUAAUGAAAAAUUACUUUAUACUUAACUACUGCCACUCAAGAUUAAUGUGAGUACAAAUAAAGAAUAAAUUAUAUACCUUA